UGGGGAGCGGCGGCCCUGCGGUGCUGGGACCGGCCGGGCUAAGGCUUGAGAGAGAGGAAGCGGGGCGCCAUCUUUGUUAAUGGCAGUAGCACGUUGCCUGAGGGCGCGGCGCAUCUGCUGUAGUGCGCGCGGCUCUGUAGGGGUGAGGGCGCGCCUCAAAACAGGGCUUCCGCGGGUUCGGAACCCCGCAGUGUGAAACGCGAGUGACUAAAGAAAGCGGCAUGCAGAGACUGACGACAGCCGUGCUCGACCGCAGCGACUGGCUGAAGCCCUCCGCCGCCAUCUUUGCUACGGGCAGUGCCGUCGGGAAACCGGAGCGGCUCGAGCCCGCUGCCAUCUUAGCCCGGCCGGAGGAAGAGCCGCCCGGCCCGGGCACGGCUGUGCUGUCGCGGUUGACUGUCAAGACUGGAUUUGGAUAUCAUGUGUUGGAUUGCAAAAUCUUUUGUCCGAGGGCUGAGCUUCAGUGUUAAAUACUAUCCUAAGGAUAACCAUCUUCCAGCACUAUGUCUUUGUAGUACAAUAAAACCGAACAAAUGCCACAUCCUCGACUGGUCAAGAAGUUCAUGCAACAGCACUGUGCCACCUGGAAGAAUCCUGUCAUGGAGGUUAUUUUCCUGCAAGGAGGGGACAAAAAUCCAUUUUAAAAGGAAAAAAAUCACAUCCAUAACAGCAUCAGAGCUUUUGUACAAAGAUCUUCUGAAAUCAGAGCAGGAAAACUGGAAUAAAAUUUCAAGAAGUUAUAAAGCUAUGACAAAAAGAAUAAAGGAAAAAAUAGAAGAACUGCACAACAAGUAUACACUCCAUUUGGAAAGCCCAAGGAUAAGAUUUGGAGGAAACGUUUACUUUGAGGAGAAUGGUGACAUAUUUUGUUCAAAAGCAGAUGAUGAUAAAGGAAACGUUCGCAUUUUAUUCAGCACUGAAGAUAUGGGCUUUUCUGGUACCUUUAUUAAACGGAUCAGGGUUUCACCAGAUGAGAGGUACCUGGCUAUCGGCUUAAAAAGUGAAAAUUCUGAAGAGGCAGCCUGUGUUAUUAUGAAACUCGGUGAUGUUCCCAUCGUGGAAGAAGUAAUUCCAAAUGUUUUUAGUUUUGAAUGGGCUACAAAUGAUGUUCUGUAUUACACAAGUCAGAAGAACCUUAAAUGCCAGAAUGUGUUCAUGACCACUUUCACUAAUGAGAAAUAUACUAAGUUGGUUUACACAGAACAAGAUGCAAGAUUUUUUGUGGACAUACACUGCACAAAAGAUAGACGUUUCCUCACUAUCAAUAGCAACAGCAAGACAACCUCAGAAGUUUGGCUGAUUGACUGCAGACAUCCUUUUAAGUUACCUGUUCUUGUGCAAGCCCGAACAAAAGGGGUCAUUUAUCACAUUGAGCACAGAAACAAUGAGUUAUAUAUUCUUACUUCAUAUGGAGAACCUGCAGAAUAUAAGUUGAUGAAGGCUUCAGUAGCUUCCACUGGCAUGGAGAACUGGCAGUUAGUUUAUGCACUGGAAGAGAAAACCAAGCUAAUAGACUUGGAGAUGUUCCGUGAUCACUGUAUCAUGUUCCUGCAGAAAGGUGGCUGUCUGUACUUAAACGUGAUUGCUUUUGUUUCACAUUCAGUUCAAUCAACACAGCUACCUACAUGGGCCUGUGCCUUUGAAUUGGAAUCUCAUCCUGAACACGCCAGCAGCACUUGCUAUUUUCAGCUCACCUCCCCAGCACACCCCCCAAGGCGUUUUGCAUAUUCAUUUAAAGAAAAUAAUCUCAUUGAACAAGCUGCAGAAGAGGUACCAAUUAUUAUGAAUUGUCACACUACACGUUUACUAGCUAAAAGCAAGGAUGAAACUUUGGUGCCAAUUACAGUUUUUCAUAAUACGAAUUCUAAAGAGCUACACAGGAAGCCACUUCUAGUUCAUGUAUAUGGAGCUUAUGGCAUAGAUUUGAACAUGAGCUUUAGAGAAGAGAAGCUGAUGUUAAUUGAAGAGGGCUGGAUAUUAGCAUAUUGCCACGUUAGGGGUGGAGGAGAGCUAGGCCUCAGGUGGCACAAAGAUGGAUGUCAGCAGAACAAACUCAAAGGUCUCCAUGACCUUAAGGCUUGCAUCAUGCUGCUGCAUGAACUAGGAUUUUCUCAGCCAAAAUAUACAGCACUAACAGCUGCCAGUGCUGGAGGAGUUCUUGCGGGAGCCAUUUGCAACAGCGAUCCAGAACUUAUCAGAGCCAUGGUUUUACAGGCACCUUUUGUAGAUGUUCUGAAUACAAUGAUGAAAACUCAUCUCCCACUGUCAAUUGAAGAACAAGAAGAAUGGGGAAAUCCGUUAGCAGAUGAAAAAUGUAUGAAGUACAUCAAAAACUACUGUCCUUAUCACAAUAUUAAGCCACAGUGCUAUCCUUCAGUUUUUAUCACAGCAUAUGAAAAUGAUCAACGAGUGCCACUAACAGGAAUUCUGCGGUAUGUUCAGAAACUUAGGAAGGCUACACUAGAUCAUGCCAGCAGAACAGGAAAGGAAGGAAACUGGAUCCCUAAUAUCAUCUUAGACAUCCAGGCAAGUGGCAGUCAUUGUGACUCAUCUUGGGAGGAUUCACUGACUGAGAACGCAGCCAACCUCACACCCAUGCAAAAAGGCAAACACUACAGCUGACAACAUUUCCUCAGCGGCUCUCACAAGACCAAUGAAUCAUCCGACCUUUAAAGCUGCCUCUCACCAGGCAUUAAGAAAAUCUUCCCUUGACAAAGAGAGCAGACAUCAGGAGCGACGCUGCCCACAAACAAAUCUCUGACACGGCAUCCUUCACCCAGGGGUUCCCUGGCCACACGUGAGCCUUCUGCCAUCUCUAUGCAGCCCAAAGUCCUGGAGAACAGAACAACCUAAUUGCACAGGACACCAUGCCAUGGUUUGGUGGUCUUUUUUUUUUUAAUGCUCUUAGUCUACUAAUGGACUACACGAUUAAAGGUUAAUAGCAUUAGAAUUGUUGUAAUUGCCUUCAGCCUGGCCCGCAUGAUGCUGUUGAGCUUUCUGAGAGGGAGGCACCCAGCCCCUGCCCUACGGGUGAUCAGCCUGGCUGCCUUCUCCCACUACUUCUAAUGAGAACAAUCACCCUCAAAUCCUGGCUCAUGGCACUGCAGCAUGCACAGCCAACUCUUUUUGGGGCCCUUCCCCUACCGAGGGUCAAACUACUGUCAAACACCCACAGAAAAUCUUAUUUUAAGGUGAACUCCAGCUUGAUGCCUCUCCAGUUGGCAACUCACCCAUUUCUGCAUUUUUCACCACCUUUCACAUCUGUUCCAGGGGAUGUCAACUGUCAAGGAGUUUCAGAAGUUCCUGCUGACCCCACAGUGCUGGCCCUGAGCGACCUCAGCUGUCCUCACACAGCAGGGGCUGUGCUGCUUCUCAGCGCUGCCACUUCCCCACAUGAAGGUGAUGUGGUGAUAGAACAAGGGGAAAUGGCUUCAGCUCUAAGAGGGUACAUUGAGGUUGGAUAUAAGGAGAAAGUCUUCUACAGUGAGGGUGGCGAGGCACUGGAACAGGUUGCUCAGUCCCCGUCCCUGGAGACUUCAAGGCAAAGCUGGAUCUGGGCCUGGGCAACCUGAUCCAGUUGUGGUGUCCCUGUUCAUUGCAGGGGGCUGGGACUAGAUGGCUUUUAAAGGUCCCUUCCACCUCUAAUGAUUCUACGAUUAGAAGUUUUAUUUACUAGAGAUGCUGAAUUUCCACAAACCCUUCCUUCUGUCCCUUUGGUCAACGUCUCAUCAGCUAGCUGAUGUAUGCUUCAUUAAGUAAGCAACACAAGAAAAAAUAUCUAUCUAUCUAUAAUGAAAACAAUAAGCAGGAAAAGGUAGGAGCUGUUGAAGCCCUUCCCUUCUUCCUCAGAUGUCAGAAGAGCACUCACCCAGCACAGCCCUUUCUGGUGUUAAUGUACAAUGUUGUCUUUCUGUUCAGCUCACAGAGCAGCACUUGAAAUAUCAUAUCUACCCCUAAGAAGAACUGCUGCAAUUACUCACACAGUUGGAUACAUAUUUUUUUUUUCCCCCACAAAAAGUUGAGCAGGAAGUUAAAUAAGUCUCAUCUCUUCAGCAACAGUAUGGUAUGUGCUGAAUGUUUUUAAGAUAAGGAUGAGAGGAUGAAUCUAAAGAUGAAUCUGAAGUAUGUCCCCAACCUAAAAUUUGUUACACAGCAUUAUGAAAAAGGUGUUCAUGACCAGGAGACUGAAAAGCCGUGGUAAAACACCACGCUUCUCACCCAGCUCGCACAUUGUUUGCUCUAGCAGAAUAUUUCCUACAACUGCGUCUUGCCAAAAUAAAAACAGAUUUCGGAGCACUAGAAAAAGUAUUUUGUUUUUAUUAUGGUGUUCACAUUCCCUGCUCUCAGAGCUGAAGCAAUAUAGCCUCAAACGCACCGGAAAAAUUUGUUUGCUCUACAUGCCCAGGCCAAAAUCUUUACUGCACCAUUAAGUUUAGAUGUGUACACGAACUGAAGAUGACCACUAGAUAAGGGACAAAAAAUAAACUC